AUGAAGAAUACCAAAAAAGUUCUAUUACAUCUUCAUUUUUGCACAUUUUUGUUAGAUCUAGUUAUUAACUUUCUCGUGACUCCUUAUAUUUAUUUACCAACUUCUGCUGUUACACUUUAUGGAAUACUCUAUGAUUUUUUUGAUCUACCAUUCAAACCUCUUUGUUAUUUUGGACAGUUUUCACUUUACUGUGAGUUCGAAUACUAAAACUCCAAAACUUUCUAGAUAUUUCUUCAGUGAUGGCAAUGUCAAUGGUCAGAUUAUAUCAAACUCGACACAGUAUGGUAGCUACAAUCAAAUAUAAAAUAACCAGAAAACUAACUUUACUGAUUUACUACACUUAUAUGUAUUCAUUUGGUGCAAUAUUUAUGAUGUUAUAUUUUUUCGAUGAUACCCCAACAGAUAUUGCAAAGCGUUAUUUUCUAGAAAUUUAUCCGUGUCCACCUAAAGAAUACUAUGAGGACAGAACUUUAGUUAUAACAACCGAUAUAUUUUUUGCAAUUUUUUGUAUGUUAAUUUCAACAUGUAAUGCACUUUUACACGGUUUUUAUUUUGCAUUUGUUGGAGCUUAUCAUCUUGUCAAUGUUAAAUCAAUAACAGUAUCCGCAACUACGAAAAAAUUUCAACUCACAUUUUUGUAUAAUGUGUCGAUUCAAAUGGCAGUUCCAUUUAUUGCGAUUCUUAUUCCAAUAAUAAUUUUUGAUAUAACUUUGAUGCUUUCAACUCAUAGUCAACUUAUCAAUAAUAUAAUAGUUUUAACUCUAUCAAUUCAUGGCUUCUUAUCCAAUAUUUCACUUAUUUGUCUACACAAACCUUAUCGAGAUUAUACAAAUCAGUUAAUUUUCAAAGAAAAUUCAAAAAUCGAGAGUUUAUCAUCUGUGAGGACUGUGAUGAUUAUCGAUAUACGCCCACCUAGAAAUUGA